AUGUCGGUAAAUUUGUUGCUUUACGUAACCCCAUACGAAAAUUCCAAAGAUGAAUACAACACAAAGGUAAUGAAAUCAACCGGUGGCUCUUGGAGUCGAAGGACUUCGAAGGACAUGUCGGGCAUCAGACGGCAAAGAAGUCUCGAAUGGAGGGAAAGGGGAUACAGUUCGAGCGAAGAAGAAAUUCCCACAAGGCCCGUUGACAGUCAUGUUUUUGCCUCUCUGUUAGCCCAGGCACAACAAGAAUAUUCUGAAAAUUCAAUUGCAUUACAAGAGAUUAAAGCUGUUGAAUGUGAUGGAACAGUCGUAAAUACUGGCAUUAAGGGUGGUGUAAUACGACUGUUAGAAGAACAUCUUCAAAAAUCGCUUCAGUGGUUUGUAUGUCUGCUACAUGCAAAUGAGCUACCCAUUCAACAUCUUUCUCACCAUGUUAAUGGAAAUACUUUUGGACCUAGAGACAACGAAAAUGUAAGUAACGACGACAAUCAUACUGUUUACAUUGAGACCAAUAUAUUUCCUUCUGAUUAUUCCGAUGAUAAUCCGAACUAUGGUUCCUAA